UAUGUUUACAUACAGUACAUACAAGAUUAAUUUAUGAAUUAAUAUGGCAUGGUAUCAAAGGGCCAUUGAGACGAGAAGCAACUGCAACCACACUGGGUGAAAUUGUGAACCUGCACAGUGAUAUGCCAUCCAUAAUUUUGGAUGUUGUUAGUGUAAUUGAUGCUGAAACAUCAUGUGCAGAGAACAAUGGCGAUGAGAGACAACGAUUUUGCUUCAUUGUGAAGGAAACUGAGAAGUUUCUUUCAGACAAAUUGCUGAAAGAACGUCUGGAGAUUGACACACUUCAGGAUGUUGGUACAUUAAAGAACAGAAAUUUUUACACCAAAUUUAUCAAAGUGAAGACAAAACUUUAUUACAAACAACGCAAAUUCAACCUCUUUAGGGAAGAAAGUGAAGGUUACGCCAAACUUAUUACAGAGUUAAACCAAGAAGUGUCUGGGAAUGUUACUCCUUCUAAUAUUUUGGAAGUAAUUAAAUCAUUGAUAGGAUGUUUUAAUUUGGACCCAAAUCGAGUUCUGGAUAUUAUACUGGAAUCCUUUGAAUGCCGUCCUGAUCAUCACCAUUUUUUUAUUCCGUUGCUGCGUUCCUAUAUGUGUGAUCCAAAGAUUUUGUGUGAAGUGUUGGGAUUCAAAUAUUGUUUCUACCAGAACAAUGCAGAAGAGACAACACCAAAAUCCCUGUACCUUGUCACUGCCCUUAUGCUUCAACAUAAUAUCAUUGCUCUUGAUGAUAUCUACUCUUGGUUGACUCCUGAUGACAAAGUUAUUCAUAAAGAAUGGGAAAAGGAUAUGAAAGAAGCUAAGGAAUAUGUAAGAAAACUCAGCAUUAUCUCUACAAAGGACAAAGAUAAAGAGGAGCCAGUUGAGGAGAAAGAGAAUGUCCAGGAGAAGUAUGCAGCAAACCAGAAAUUUGGUCUUUGUGAAGCUUUGCUGAAGGUUGGAGACUGGAAUCACGCCAAACAGCUUACGAAGCGGUUACCAGAACAUUGUGUAUUGGAGCAGCCACCUGUGGCACGUGCUCUGUGUCAGUUACUGCAUUCAGUCAUGGAACCUGUGUACAGAAAAAAUUGUGGCCUGGCAGAGAAGAUUGUGGGGCGCCCUGUGCCCGUGCUUGACAAUCCAUUGGCACCAAAGCCAGCACACACUUUUGUGGAACUGCGCGAGUAUGUAAUCCCAAUGUUGCUAGCUCUAGGACCUUCAAUGCAUUAUGACCCAGUGCUUAUGUACAAGGUUCUUCGACUAGCAAAAGCUGCACUUACCCAGGGGUGUGGUGAAAACCAGCAGGCCACCCCAGAGGGUGAAAGUAGUAUGUAUUAUGACAUUAUUACACUUCUUGAUGAAGUCAUUCUUCCCUCUCUCUCCUACAUGGACUGUAACUGCUGUAUAGCAGAAGAGGUAUGGAACAUCAUCAAGCUGUAUCCUUACCAGUGCAGAUACUGUUUGUACAGCCGUUGGAAGAAUGAUACAUAUCAACAGCAUGCAAAAUUGUUGCGGAAACGAGGUGAAGCUCAGAAGAAAAUCAAGUCCAUCAUGAAGAGAGUCAGCAAGGAAAAUAUUAAACCUGUUGGAAGACUCAUAGGGAAACUUACACAUUGCUCACCUGGAUUCCUCUUUGACUAUGUUCUGGUUCAGAUCCAGAUCUAUGACAACCUCAUCAAUCCUGUUGUAGACUCAUUAAAGUAUCUGACAAGUCUGUCGUAUGAUGUACUGGGCUACUGUCUCGUUGAGUCCUUGGCAUCGGCAGACCGUGAUCGUUUCAAACAUGAUGGAACAUCUAUCUCCUUGUGGCUGCAAAGCCUUGCCUCCUUCUGUGGUGCAAUUUUCAAGAAGUACAACAUUGAACUUACAGGACUGUUACAGUAUGUUGCCAACCAACUAAAAGCGCAAAAGAGUUUGGAUCUGCUGAUUCUGAAGGAGAUUGUGCAAAAGAUGGCUGGAAUUGAAGCAGCAGAGGAGAUGACACCAGAACAGCUAGAAGCAAUGGCUGGUGGAGAUCUGCUGAAAGGAGAGGCUGGAUACUUCAGCCAGGUGAGGAACACAAAAAAGUCGUCACAGAGGUUGAAAGAAGCACUGUCGGAGCAAAAUUUGGCUGUGGCUUUAUGUCUUCUUAUGGCUCAGCAGAGAUACUGUGUUGUGUACAAGGAAACAGACAAGAGUCAUCUGAAACUUGUUGGCAAAUUGUAUGAUCAGUGCCAGGAUACAUUGGUGCAGUUCGGUACAUUUCUUGGUUCCACAUUAUCAAUGGAAGAAUAUGUGACAAAGUUGCCCACUAUCCACAGCAUGCUGGCAGACUAUCACAUUCAUGCCGAUGUUGCUUUCUUCUUGGCGCGACCCAUGUUCACACAUGCUAUUAAUCUGAAGUAUGAUGCAUUACGCAAGGCAGAUCCAAACUGCAAGAAAUUAUCACCUUCUGCAAAACACCUGAAAUAUUGUGAGGCUGCUGGUGAAGUUAUGAGCCCUAUUGUGGCUUCAGUUCGGCCAUUGCAUCCUCCUAAAGUCUGGGAGGACAUCUCACCUCAGUUCCUGGUGACCUUCUGGUCCCUGACAAUGUAUGACCUGUUUGUUCCUAAUGACAGUUACCAGCGAGAAAUUAACAAGAUCAAACAACUGUCACUUCAAGUAAUGGAUUCCAAAGACAUGGCUGCCAGCAAAGGAAAGAAAGAGCAGGAGAGAUAUACAGCACUCAUGGAGAAACUGCAAGAAGAAAAAAAGAAACAGCAUGAACAUGUUGAGAAGGUUAUGGCCAGAUUAAAACAGGAAAAGGAUUCUUGGUUUUUAUCACGAUCAGCCAAAUCAGCAAAGAAUGAGACCAUCACACAGUUCCUGCAACUGUGCCUAUUCCCAAGAUGUAUUUUCACAGCUACAGAUGCUGUGUACUGUGCUAAGUUUGUGCACACUAUUCACAGCCUUAAGACAGCCAACUUCUCCACAUUGCUAUGCUAUGACAGGCUUUUCUGUGAUAUCACAUAUUCAGUAACAUCAUGCACUGAAAAUGAGGCUAAUCGCUAUGGUCGAUUUCUAUGUGCCAUGCUGGAAACUGUUAUGAGGUGGCAUUCUGAGAAAGCUACCUUUGAAAAGGAAUGUUCAAACUAUCCAGGGUUUGUAACUAAGUUUCGUGUGAGCAACCAGUUUUCAGAGGCAAAUGACCAUGUUGGAUAUGAGAACUACCGACAUGUUUGCCACAAGUGGCAUUAUAAAAUAACAAAGGCUAUGGUUGUCUGCCUAGACUCGAAGGAUUAUGUUCAGAUUCGCAAUUCACUUAUCAUUCUCAUUAAGAUUCUUCCACACUUCCCAGUGCUGGCCAAACUGAGUCAAAUUAUUGAGAGGAAGAUAGAGAAAGUUCGUGAGGAGGAGAAAAAUCAGAGGCAGGAUUUAUUCAUUCUUGCCACAAGUUACAGUGGUCAGUUGAAGGCAAAAUCAGCAUCCCUGAUUCGUGAAAAUGAUUUCCAUCAAGUUGGUGAUAAGCCUUCGAAAUCACAAGACAGUGGUUCAGUAAAACAAGAACUGAACACCAGCCCAAUAGCAGCUGUUGCCACAAAGCAAGUGAAUGGAGAAAUUAAACAAGAGAAAGAGCGCUCAGUAGAGAAAACAAAGGAAGCAGUAACUGUACGAGAGAGCAAUAAGGAAAGAAGUGAACGCAAAAGUGCCAGCCGACAACAGCAACAACAGACAACAACCAUGGGAGAGUUGUCAAGUAGCAAAUCGAGCAGUGCAUCCAAAUCUGGUAUUACUAAUGUGACCAGUACAUCUGAAGGCAAACGUGAUGCCUUGUCAGGAUCUAAUAAAGAGAAGCCUGAAAAGGAGAAAAACAAAGAGAAAGAUUAUGAAGUGAAGGAGAAGUUAUCAAAGAAGGAAGAGAGGAAAGAGGAAGGAGAACGCGAGAAACGAUCCAAAGAAAAAAAAGAGGAGAAAGCUGCCCAAAGAGAGGAGAGGGCUUUACAAAGAGAAGAAAGGGCUUACCGAGAUGAUCGUUACCUGGAAAUGCCAAGCCCAUGUUUGAAGGAAGAACAGGUAUUGCAGCAGCGUUUUGGCGGUGGUGGAAGUGGUGAGCGGUACUAUGGCAGUAGCAGUGGAAUGGGAAAUGAGCGUAGCAGUCACUACUACUCUCGAGAGCCAACACACGAUGACCGGGACAGAGAUAGAGACCUCAGCAGCCUUUCCAAUAGCAGUUCGGGUUCGGGCCAUAGGCGCAGCCAAGAGCCGCCCGAGGUCGACAGAGAUGUGAAACGCAGAAAGCUGGAAGGCAGUUUGUCCUCGAAGAGCUCAAAGCAUGAAGAACGCAAACAGCAGCAGUUACUGGAAGCCAUGUCCCUCGGUGGAGUCAAUGUGGAGAAGCCUGAGAAGAAGGAGAGGAGUUCCAAGACAAAAGAUAAAGGCAUACGUGACAAAAAUGUGACGGAAGAAGAAAAGGAGCUGCGUAGAGAACGAAAGCAAGGAAGGAGAAAGGAUCGUGCUGAGGAAGCUAUGCUUCUGCCUGAACAGAAACGUCGGAAGGAAGAGGAGAAAGCUGCAAAGCUUGCAAGUCACCAGAACGGAGAGCCAGGUGAAUCCCAUGGUCGUGAGAAGCAUCAUUAUCCCAGGGACAAAUCUCCAUAUACCCGUGAAAGAGAGAGGUCACAUGAUCGAGAGGGCCGAGAUAAACAUCGACGAUCAGGUGAGGGCAAGCGCAGAUGAUGAUGGGCUGAGGAGGGAGAAGGGGAAUGCGGCACAAUGUUCAGGGCAGCCAACAUCCCAGCCAGCACCCUCCAUGACUCAUUCUCCACUGGUUGAAUUGUACGGGCUUAAAGAAUUGUAGAAAUGUUUCUAGAACGUUUGUGUUAGGUCACAGAAGGGUUAUAAGCUGUUAUGUGAUGACAUGUACAUGUAAAAUUUGAUCUGCAUUUUAAAUUUCUUAAUUCACUCAAUUCAUUUUCAUAUUUCUCAUAUGCAACUUAUUCUUUUGAUUUAAAUUGGAAGAAAAGUAUACAUUUUGAUGUAAUGCCUAGUAACAGUGUGACAAAAAAGAUCUGAGUUCGUAAUUUCAUGCACUAGAUAUGGUGAGGUUUAGACUGUACAGGAGUUGCAGAUAAGUUGCGAAUGUACAUAUGUGGAGUGAUACAGUAACUAAAUAAGCCUAAUCUGAAUAUUCAUGAUAGCAUUUUCAUUAUCAGAAACAAAUUAUGAUAAUGUACACAUGUAUGAGAGAACAUGAGUCUUUGUUUUUAAAUGUAAUUGUGACUAUAAAUAUAUCCUGUUGCUGAUAAGGAUAAACAUAACAAUUGAUGUACUGAUUGCUUGGAAAAUGAAAUAUAUACAAAGUUUCUUUGUAGCAUUUCUGAGCAGAAAAUAUAUUACAUAACAUUUGAAGGAUUUUUAAUAACUAAAGGCUGAUUUUUACAUGUGAAUGUUAUAUCAUGACAUUCAACAUUGCAGUUAGAUGUUGUAGAACAAACAAGACAUGUCUUUCAUGUCUAACUCCGCAAACACAUCAUGAGACUCUUUGCCCUACCACCAAUAUUGUUAAGAUAUUUUCAAAGUUGUUUUGUGUAUAACUUGUAACCAACACAUAGUCUGUCAUCACACAAAGUACAUAAUUACAAUUAUUUAUGAUCAUUUUUA